AUGGAGCGGGUCAAGGACUCUGCAAAUCCACCGCAAGGGCAGGGCACACCCCGCCCGAGUGAAACGCGGCAGAUUUUUAAUGAUCGAUAUGAGUGCUGGAGCAAUGAGGUUUCAACACCUGUAGAUGGUAAUGUCUUCAGGGAAAACAAAGCAAAAUACAAAAAUGUGCAAAUAGGACCAGUAAUGAGCGCCACGGAAGUGGAUGCCUUGUUGUGUCGUAAGCCCAAUGCUGUUCGGAAUUUUAUCAAUUCCUUGAAUGAACAAAUGCGCCAACGGUUUUCGCCCGUUGGCGCUGCGGAGGUACAUUCUACAUCACCAAUUAACGAUUAUGAACCUGAAUUCGAUCGAGAGAUAAAAGAGUGUAAUGUAUCAGUGAAAUCUCGAAUCAAUAUUUUUGACAAGAGGGGUUCGGUGACCGAUAGCGGGGCGCGGCUUAUGCCUGCAGAUUCAACGAUUCUUUGCAGUGAAACCGGUGCUCUGUCCUCAUCAGGUGCAUACAAAGCUAUCCCAAAUAACGUGGAACGCACUUCAGGGUUCAAUGCAACAACGUCUGUACGCGAGAUAUAUGGCACCAGUGCUUCAUCCAAAGAGACCAGUAUCUCGCAAGGAGGCAAUGUAGAUGGACACAGUCGCAGUUCCAGUGAUGUGGACGGGCUGAAGCUGGGGGAUCGAACAACCAAACUGUCAUGCCCACAUUCGGGAUAUCAUGAUUGGGUACAACCAAGUGGACGUAGUCAGACGGAUGUUGUGCCAUGCGGCUCUUCUCAACCCCCGAAAGGGUUAAAUGCGUUGAACCGGUGGGUAUCUGAUUUAUCCAGCGAUUCGGCACGAGAUCCUUUCGAGACAGGCCAUCGCUAUGAAAAGACGAUCCCACAAGACUACUUGUCACUUGGAGUUACACGUUUUAGGAUUCCUGGAGAUUACAGUUCAUACUCUCCACAAUUUGGUGCUGGCGGUAUGCAUGAAACUGCUGCGACACGCAAUGACCGAGCUGCAUGGACACCGUCAGUCAGGACAAGUCGGAGCUUUAAUGAUGCUGCAAUAGGUUCAUUUGAACUUCCCUUAAAUUUAGUGAAACGAGAUUCUGAUAUAAAUGCAGGACACUCCGAUAAAUAUCCCUACGCUGCGGCACAGGAACCUGGUAGCCAUUUUGAUCCUUUGGAUUCCCAAAUUUUCACAGUAUGUGCGUCUGGACGCGAUAUACGCUUACGUACAGUCAAUGUAGUCAAGGCAGGCUGGACCUGGAUGCACAGUAUGAAGGCCAAACGAUGGUUCCCCAAGUAUCUGGUUCUUUUCUACGACGAGCCACAUAGACCACGCAAAUAUCAAGUACACGCCACUAUGCGAAAUCGUCAGGCUCCUGUCACCGAGGACAUGACUACAGAGUCGAAUUUCUGGGAUAUAUACAAAAUAUAUUCACAUCUAUCGCAGGAUAAUGGCGCAGACGAUUUCAAUAUACCAGAUUCAUGCUCGAAUGUAGCUCAACUGUAUGGAUCUCCAUCAACAACACAGUCAUACAACCAAUGUAUGGCUUGGCAAUGGAAUGUGUCCGAAACAGGAGUCAUGUCGGUCGUACCUAAGUCUCCUAAUGGAUAUUACUUGGAUUCGGAUUCUGUUACGAAGCAGCCUGCAAAAAGGGUCAACAACACUCUAGUGCUCAUACCAGACGGUGCUUCUGUGUAUCUUACGAUACUCAAUGAAGAAGUCACUGAUGUGUAUGGUGCAGUGCGUCGUGGCGAGUUCAGGGAACUCAUGGAAGUUGACAUUGGACAGGUGCCUUACACAAAGCUUCACGCACCUAAACAUUGGCUUGCAAGCCUAAUAGCGCGUAGCAUGGGACGCGACCCUAUGAACCUUAUCCACAUUCCACUAGUGGAUGGUUAUGAAUGCGUCUUCAUGCCGCUAUCUGCGGCAAAAUUUCCUGGUGUUACCUUGUCCUAUGAAAUGCAAUGUGCAUUAGCAAACCGCGUGGGUCGUGAAUAUGAACAUUGGUUGUUUAGUAUCUGGGAAUUCGUACUUAGGAGUGGAAAAACAACUUCGAGUUGCGAUUCUCUGCAAGAGCACAAGGUUAGACCGCCACGGUUAAUGCUCAUAUUAAGUCGUUGGUUACGCCGCGCACUGACGUAUAUCGCAUCGAUGUGGCCUUAUGAUAAGGAUCUGUGGGAAGCAAUUAAACAUAAAGCCAAUAUUAAUGGCAGGGAGGCGAUAGAUGUCGUACCAGAUCACUCUGAGGAACAGUCGCCGUUGCAGAGCGUGCUGAUGUGUGGUGGUAAUGUGGAAUGUGGAGUUGGAACUCCAGAGCACAAAAGGGCAGUAACACAUGGAUUCGCACAAUGGGUCCAAUCUCGAGGUUUCGACGAUCUCUCUGUGAGCAUGAAUUUUUAUACACUCACGAACCGCGCAUGA